GCCUGCCUUCUGAGUGUGUGAGACGAGCUGGGAUCAUGAGCCAGGGUUGUUCCAAGUGGUUUUAAUCAGCAGCCCAUUAGAGGAGAACGGAAAACUUCUAACAGGAUAAGAACUGAGUUGUUCCCGUACCCCCAUGGGAGGCUACUUCCCAAGCUUCUGCUCCUCUGGAACCCGUGACUUCUUGCCAGGCACCAGGAAAGAGCUCAGCAGCAGAAACGGGGGAGAGCUCUCCAUAGUUUUGGGUAAAGCGUGCCUUUGACUUUCCUCACCCUGGCAAGACGUGGCUACUUGGACUGCAUCUGCAAUGUGGCAAAAGGCGAAGUGAGGACGGCAAAGAGGCCAUGGUUUGUGGGCAAGUCCCCAGGUGCCGCAGGCUUUGUCGCCCUCGUCCCUUCCUUCUGGCCUUAGUGGUGGCCAUCUGCUUGUUCUGCCAGACCCUGACUCCUCUCAUGACCAGCAGCAUCCUUUCGGCAGUUGUUAAUGGGAUUGCACCCAACAAACUGACUAAAACACAGCAAGGCAGAUACAAGGAGGUCUCCCCAAGCAACACUCACUGCUUCCUCCCUGGCAGUAAUUCACAGACAGUGAAAAAGAUCGAUGACUCCAUUCUCCAGAACUUUGGAAGCCGUACGAGAAGAGCAGUUCUGUACGUGCCUCCUGCCCACCGUGAAACAGACCGCCAGCUCUGUCAGCACAUCCUGGCAAAACAUGGAUAUACAGUCACAGUCCUUGAAAACAGGAGACUGAUGGAUGAUCCCAGGCACGAGGGCCCUUAUCACAGUGGUGUAAGCCCUUGGGAUCUUUUGAUCUGCUUGUCUUCCAGAAAAAAUGAUGGUACUCGCUGCAUUGAAAUGGGAGACUUGCAUCAUCUAGAGUUAUUCCAGAAGGUAAACAUACUUCCAGAAAUCCAGCAUUUCCUUUGCAGAAAAGAAGGAUUAUGCCAGAUAACAAAAGCCUUCUCAGACCUACAGCUCCCAGUUGUCACCCCAGAGUGCUCUGGCCAGCCUGGGCUGUCAAGGGCCAACGCCACAAGGAAUAUGUCCCAUGGCAGUGGAAGCACUGACAAGACCCAUACUGCUCAUCUGCGGUACCAGUGGAAGCAGAGCACGAGCACACGGCCGAAUCAAGUAUCAGCCUCACUAGGCCACAAGGACAUCCUAAAAGCUCAAGACCUUUCUGUCAUCAUCAAAGCAUAUGUGCUUGUGACAUCCUUAACACCUCUGCGGGCAUUCAUUCAUUCAACCACCACUGUCUGGCAUCCACCCAAGAAGAAGCACUUUUCUGUAAAGCUGCAAAGGUUUUUUGAGAUAUUCUUCAAGAGCAGUUCUCCCCAACAAGCCUUCAACAACAUGAAGGAAGCUAUAAGCAAGCUUCUGCUUAUAACUGAAGUCUUCAGUGAAUCAUCUGCCUCAGGACCAAAUUCUUUCAAUCAAUGCAGCCAAUGUUUUCAAAUGCUAACCUUUGACAUUGGAUUCGGCACCUCCACACACCCAGUAGUUCUUGAGGUGCAUGAAAGCUUUGACUUUCAAGAUGAGGAUGAAUCAAAUAUUCAGGACCAAACUUUCAAAGAAUUUCUUUUUGAAGAUACUUUUAAAUUUCUUUUAUCUAAUGAAUCCUCAACAUCCAGUUUCUUAGAAGCUUUACAAAAAAUAUAUGGAUCAACUCUGAGCAAGGAUGGAAUUUACCACAAAGAAGAUGAGCAAUGUUUGUCUUUAGAAGAGAUAAAUUCAAUGAUUACUUUCAUAAAGGAGCUGAAGAGUCUUGGACAAUUUGAGCUGCUUUUCCCUUCUGCUGCACCCAAGACUCAAACUUUACUACGUGACCUUUAUCACAUGGUAGACCCAAUGAGGAGGCUUGGUUCAGUCCUGACCGUGCAUUGGUUGCUUUCCAGUUUACUUGAACAAUUCCAGUUCAUGACUAAAGAGGCACAUACAAAUCUUUCAGAAUGGAAUUCUUCUCAAGAAAAUGAAAAUCCUAAGCAGAAUGUUCCUUCUGACUUCAGGAAGAAUCACGAAGGAUUGCAUUAUUCCAGUAACACUAAAGAAAGACAAUGCAGUUAUGAUAAAGAUACCCUAUCUCAUAUCAGGCAGAUCUUCACCAGUCCACAGCUGGAUUUGAAUCCUCAGUUUAACCCAAAGAUCAAAGAAUACUAUGCAGAAGUCCCAUUCGACAUGGUGACAGUGAAGAUAGGAGCAGAACCCUCUAACUGUCAAUGCCAAGUACACCUUGAUGAGAAGAAAGGGCCAAGCAUUGCUAACUACCCCCUUGGCCUUGGAUUGAACAAAGUCAUCAUUAUGGUGACAGAUGAUUCACAGCCCAGCCCUCAGGUUGUGAGCAGCUACAAAAUCACAAUUUAUCGAGAGGACCGUCCUAGUCUGCCUUUGUUUGAUGACUAUAUGUUGUGUGGGUUUGUGCAGGACUGUGGUUGUCGAAUUCAUCCAGAGGAGUCCUGUGGCUUGCAGCCUCUGUCUCAUGAAUACCUCUCAGCAAUUUCACAGACAGUGUUUAAGACCUGUGAAGCUGGAGACACAAAAGGGCAGUGGAUUGUCCCUUGCCUCAGUUGCUCGGACAACAGGACCUGCGACUGGAGAGAAAUAACGUGGCAGCCCCAUGGCUGCCAAUACUCUGUGCUAGCCAAGCCUGAGCUCCAGCGCUGUGUGGAGGGAAGAAGGAUUCUUUUUAUAGGUGACUCAACUAACAGAGGGAUGAUGUACUACCUAAUAGAAAGAGUGAAUAAGACACUUCAGGAAUGGCAAAAGACUCAUGAUGUUAAAUGUUAUCAUAAUAUCAAUGAGGGGAAAACAUUUAUCAGUUACUCCUACUACCCCCAGUUUUGGAUGAAAACAAACCAGAGACCGACUUUUGAAAAAGCACUAGAACAACUGCUGCAGAGAUCACGUCCCCUGGAAAACACAGACCAGACUGUAUUAAUUGUAGGUGGCGUUCAGUGGCUUAAUUCCAAUCACCUGCAAAUUAUCCAUAAGGUGCUGAACAGGGAAAAUCUAUCAAAUAUUCUGGUAAUUAUCAAGUCCAUAGGUAUGGGCUUUCACCUCCCAGUGGAUGGAAUACAUUCACUAUCACAGGCAGAAGUGCAAAACUUGUGGAAUGAAAACUUGAUUAUUCUGGAUACAGCAAAAAAUUUCGGCUAUGAAGUUGUUGACACCUUUGUCAUCACCAUGGGACGUUACAAAGAAUUCCUGCAAGGGAAGUGCGGCUGCCAUUUCCAUGAGGUGGUGAAAUCCAAUCCCUCUGAAGAAAAUCCACACAUAACAAUGACGUUAUCAAGGCACUAUACACUGGGGAAGUAUUUUGGCAGUCAAAGAAAGCCAUCACAACUGCAGGACUAUGCAACAAAUUCUCAGUCUCCGUAUCAUGUCCGAGGUCCAAUAAAUCAAGUUUAUUCUGAAAUCCUUCUCAGCAGGCUCUGUGCAAGUAAGAGGGAGCUUGUCAGCACAUAGCCUCUCUUGGAUAUAGCGCUGGGACUACAGAUGUGCCACUACCUGAGUGACAAUUGAAGGACCAUGGUGUAUUCAUGACAUGCUUCCUUGAUUGGCUGCACACACACCAACAGAGUUUGGGACAUGUGACAUUUUUCCUAAAACUUGAUGAAAUCAAGAUAUGCCCUGGCAACUCUGCAGUGGCAAAAUGGAAGACGGAGAACUGUAAAGGACAGAAGAGGGGAAGUUACUUGAACUGUUGCCAAAGGCUAGAACAGCUGUAGCUCAAGCAACUGUGUAUUAAUGAUAGUAAAGAGAGAGAAAUAUAUACACUUGAAUGGUUUGGAAAGGACUGCUUUAGCUCUUCAGCACUAUCUAGUUUUCUAUUUAUAGAGACACUGUAUUAUUUGAAUGUAUUUAGAAACUGGCUACAUUCCAUUUGAAAGAGUUAUUUUAUGUGGAUGAGUUCCCCUUCAAUAUUAAACCUUUUCUAUUUAAACAUUUGGUUUAUACAAUUUGAAAAAGUCUAUUAGCAUUUUACUGAUGAUGCCAAGUUUUGAACUUUAGUGUUUUUAGUAAAAACACAUCCCUUCUUUCUAUCUUAGAUGGAACAGAUGUCUACUCUAUUUUUUUGCAUGUUCUAGAGCUAAUAUAGAGAUAGAUUACUUAGACUUUAGACUAAUUGUAACUCUCUCAAUGUAGCAUGUAAAUAUAGUAAAUAUGUUAACAUAACCUUAUUUAUGGUCCCAGUUUAGGAGCGUGGCCAUAUGCAGGAAGACUGCUUACAUAUGUGCUUCAGUGUCUACCUUGCCCUGUAAGCCAAGCAAGUAUUCUCCCUGCAUGGAAGUGCCAUUUCUUUUAUGUUUUUGAAUAAAAUAUUUGCCAAUGUGUGAAGCCAGUACCACAAGCAGAAGGAAAAAUCCCAUUUCCUAGAACACAUAAGAACUUUGGGAUCUGCUUUUUAAUCUGUCAGAAGAAGUGUGUGACGUGGUGGGAGGAGAAUAUCCUGCCCGCAUCUAAAGCCUGGCAGGUACCAGACCUUCUCUGAACGCUAGCUUCCUGCUGUAGCCCGACUACAUGGCUGAUGUUUGCAGAGCUGCUCUGGGUGAAACCCCAGGCAGAGGCUUUACCACCACAGGGUGGAACAGCCUUCUGAGCCCCUGCCACAGCAUUAGCAGCACACUCAUUGACAGUUGUGGUGCCCUGAUGGGACACCAAGCAUGGUCCAGGCUUAGCAGCUGGGUGAGGGGAUUAAUGGCACCCCAUAAAACUGUUCUCCCUACAAAUUAUCCAGUUAUGGAUUUUUCUGAAUCCAGUCAUGGAGCAGGCAAUCAAGACACCACUCUUUUCCACCAUGCACUAGCGAAGGGAGUCAGAACCAGGUAAGUACAAGUCUAACAAAGGAUCUGCUGAGCUCCAUGGCGUACUUCCCUCUUCACAAUGUUAUAUAUAAUCUUCCACUAGUUUCUACUACCUUUGGGAAGGGAAGUCACAAGCAAUAUCAGGGUAUAAACAAAUAAGCACACAGAGAGGCUGUCCUAUAUAAAAGUAGAGCUAGAAAUUUAUGACACCACAUUUAGGAUUUGCCAGAGAUCCUUAAACUCAACACAGUCUGUAUACCCAGCUAAAGUUUUGUGAAUUCUUGCUCCUUCCGAUAAGAUGUGUAGAUAUAUGAUGGGAAAUUGUCAUGCAAUAUGGAGUUUGGCUUCCCUAUAUGAUAAGACAAUCCUCAAAAAGAGGAUCUGGCAUAUCUAAUUUAGAGGACCUUCCACUAUAUUGACAAAGCUCCUAAUUUAGACAAUGAUGUUACAUUUAGUGAGACAGUGUGAUUAUCUCUAUUUCUGUAUAAUAUGCUGCUUCUGUGCUCACAGUAAAUGUCCCUGUAUUUCUAUGCAAGGUUUUCCCCAGCAUGGAGCUUUACAUGAAAGGCGGGUCAGGAGCUGUGCAUAAAUACUGAAAAUGUCAGAGUUUGGUUUUAAGCAAUAUGAUUAUCUAAGGAAUAUAGUUGUAUGCAAAUGAUAUAAUAUAUACUCUUGGGUCUGGAACUCCAGGGCUGCACAACCUUAAAGCUUAAGGAUAUAAUAUCAUGUCAUUAGUAUUAGUAGAAUCAAAAUGCAGCCAGCUGUCUUUGGUAUUAAGAUGAUCCAUGAUAGGUGUGUUACAGUUCUGCUUCUGUUAAGAUAUUUUUUGUAGCUCAUUUAAAUCCACAUGCUGUUAAUGUUAUCGUUCUGUACACAAAUGUUUUUAAGGCAUGAACUGGGUUUUUAUGUUUGUUUUUUCUUUUUUUUUAAUCAAAGCCUAUUGCUCAAGCAUCAGCUAUAAUGAUGAAAAGGAAAGAGCUGACUGUUAUACUCUAGCUGAUAUCAGUGAAUGUGCAAUUCAUCACUUCUUGUUUCACCACAAAAUGGUUUACAUGUGCUGUGCACCCAGAUGUCUUAAUGUUUUCAAAAUCUAAAUAUUUUUUCAAAUGUAUCAAUUGAAAUUUUCGUCUGCGUUUUCUAUUUUUUACAUGUCUCUGUACAUAUGUAUGUCUGUACAAAGUCAUUGGUACAAUUCGCAAAUUGAUCUUUAUUUGAGUCCUUUGAUAAUUUUUUUCCAACACUACAUAUGAUCCAUGUAAUCUUAGGAAUAAACAAAGGGAAUGCAGACUGAAAAAGGUACCAAGGUACAUUUUUCAUUAUUUAACUUUAAAAUGUAUCUAGCAUCUCUAGGUAUGUGAAAGAAGAUUGACAUGGAAACAUCGCUUACUCAUACACAUUAAAAUUUAUGGAUUAAGACAAUAAAAGAAUUGCCAUGUUUGAUUUUCAGUGAAAACACAUGUGUUGCUAUCAAUGGUUUACUCUAGAAUUAUCGCAUCUGCUGUAAUAUUUUGCCUGAAUAAUCAUUAAAGUUUUCCUACUGUAUUAA